AUGGUAUUCGGGCUGGACAAGCGAGCACUGUGGGGCGCACUGCCCCUGCUGGGAUUCGCCAUCGGGCACUUCCUGGACAAGAAGGAGACGGAACGCAUGACCAUGUUCCGGGACAAGAGCGCCCUGUACGGACGUUCUGGCGGAAGUGAGGAUAAGGCCCCGUCCUGGUAGUAAUCCCGGCCAAUCUUCUCUUUUUUCCCCACUUACUGUUUACCAAUAAACCGGAGAAAUGUGAAAAA